AUGCAGGGGGGCUUAAACAUAAUAAAAAUUUUAACCCAGGUAAAACUUGAUGGUAUUGCACCGUCUUUGGAAGUAUAUACAAACUGGGAUAACUGUAAAGAUAUCCAAGACGCACCAGAACUUCACGUAGGGUUUAGAGGGGGAAUUACAGUAAUUACAAUCCAAACCAUGUCCCUAAUCGACGAGGACGAUGGGGUGGCGCUAAUCGAGCCAUUAACCACCGCUUCGCGCCAACCAGCAGAUCAUGUGAGCAAGAUGGAUGAGAAAAGAAAAGCAACGCGCUGUGGGAGGAAAGUUACCAACAAAUACAGCUCAGAUGAAUAUGUUGUAUCUGCACGCAAGAAUGUUCAGACUGAAAAUACAUCAAACUCAUCAGAAGGACUUCAGCCUGCAGUACAGCAAACCAGUGAAACUGGAGGUGCACCCACUUUACAGAUUUCUCUUGACAAAGCAAAACAGACAAUCGAGAUACAAAAGCAGAAGAUUCUUCAUCUUCAGGAAAAAGUUGACUCUCUGACCGAUGACAAAAACUUUCUCAGAUCAAGAUUGGAGGAUGCCCUUCUGAGGCAUGAAGCAGUUAUCUCGCCUAGACAGGCACUGACUGCAUCUUCAUCCACUACUGCUGCAUCACAGGAGAAUGAGUCCAGUGAUGAAUCUUCAGACUCCUCAGAAUCUUCAGAUUCAUCAGAAUCUGAACCAAGAGCAAAGAGGAAGAAAAAGGAUAAAAGGCGAAAAAACAAGAAGAAAUCCAAGAAACUGAAGUUUGAUUUUAGGAGAGUAAGAACCCCUGAAGACUCCAUCAAACGCUACCACAAAGUGUUACAACUGGUAAAUGGUGGUUUAAGUAAAGCUGAAGCCUACAACAAAAUGAAUGUUGACAGAAAUACGAUUGUGAUGCAAGCACCCAUUGCUGAGUUGGCAAUUGCAAAUCCUGAGGAGUACAAAGCUAUGAGAGCAACCUUUAAAAAGGGAGAAAGCAUCCAAAAAUUUGCUGGUAGCUGUCUUGCACGGUGCCUUGCUCAGCCUAAUGUAGACAUGAUAAAAAAAUUGAAAGAGAGCAGUGCCAUUCUUGACAUCUCAAAGAAGUGAGGUAUAUAUUGUUGCCUAAAGGGAUGGUUCACCCAAAAAUGAAAAAUGUCAUUUACUCGCACUCAAGUAGUUCCAAACCUGUAGGAGUUUCUUUCCCCUUCUGUACACAAAGGAAACUAUUUGGAAGAAUGUUUGCAACCAAGCAGAUCUUGGGCAACACUUACUGCCGUAGUAGGAAAAUAAAACUAUGAUCGUAAAUGGGGGACGAGAUCUGCUUGGUUGCAAACAUUCUUCCAAAUAGUUUCCUUUGUGUACAGAAGGGGAAAGAAACUCCUACAGGUUUGGAACUACUUGAGUGCGAGUAAAUGACAAUUUUUAUUUUUGGGUGUGGCAUCCCUUUAAUAUUGUUAAAAAAAUGUAUGUUAAUGCAAAACAUCAAAAAAAAAAAAAGUUUAUAAUGUUACUGUUGGUUAGUGAACAUUUCUUCAAACACAAUUUUAAAUCCUGAUUUUAUUUUAACAUUGGUAUGUAACCUCUUCAAAUUUUAUGUUGAGUUUUUUGUAAAGUAACAUACAAGUAAUACACAACUUAUGCCUCUUGAUUUAAGGUGCACU